AUGUCAAACUUGCGUAUCGGUUUAACAAAGCAUCCUCUUCUUGGUCUCCAAAAUGACAUCGAUUUCCUCAAUCCUCUAACAGAACUUGAGAAGAAGAUGCACAAACUCAAGCUUCUAGUCCUGACUGUCAAUUCCUUCUUUAUAGAUGUGAAAUGCCAAGGCUGCUUCAACAUAACAACUAUGUUUAGCCACUCUCAAACUGUGGUGGUGUGUGGCAAUUGCCAGACUGUUCUUUGCCAGCCUAUAGGAGGUAAAGCUAGACUCACCGAGGGAUGCUCUUUUAGGUAA